AUCCGAGCGGGUGAACCUGCGGCCAUAAUCUCCCGUGAGCUUUCCGAACAGACCAAGGGUCACAUCCAUGCGGGUGACAUCACCUACACGGUCCGGGCCAUGGGUCACCUGAUCGACCUGCUGGACGUCCAGCUCAGGAAUCUCACCCCCGGAGGAAAGGACAGCGCCGCCCGGAGCCUCAACAAGCUGCAGAAAAGGGAGCGCUCGUGUCGAUAUUUCGUCCAGGCGAUGGUGGAGACGGUGAAUAACCUGCUGCAGCCACAAGCGAGGGAGGCAUGGAUGGAGCUGUCGAGCGGAGAUCAGUUGCGAGCCGCCACCAUGCUGCUGGACACUGUCGAGCAGGGCGCCUUCGUUCUCGCAGACAACCUGCUGAAGACCGACGUGGUGCAGGAAAACACCGAAAACAUCCAGCUGGAGGUGGCGAGGAUGAGCACAGACGGAAAUCUUCCCGAUCUGAAGUUUCCACAGACGGGAGGCCAGGGAAACGCCAUCCACCUGUCAGCCAACACGCUCAAACAACACGGCAGAAACGGGGAGAUCCGGAUGGCGUUCGUGCUGUACAAGCAUCUGGGUUCAUAUCUGUCCACUGAAAACGCCAGCAUGAAGUUCAGCAGCGAGACGUUAAACACAAACUACUCUGUCAUCGUCAACUCUCCCGUCAUAACAGCAGCCAUCAAUAAAGACAGUAACAAAGUCUACCUGUCCGACCCCGUCAUAUUCACCGUGAGACAUAUUCAGCAGUCAGAGGAGAAUUUCAACCCCAACUGUUCGUUCUGGAGCUACUCGAAGCGCAGUAUGACGGGCUUCUGGUCGACGCAGGACUGCCGGCUGCUAGGAACAAACCGAACACACACCACCUGCUCCUGCACACACCUCACCAACUUCGCUGUGCUCAUGGCUCAUGUGGACGUGCAGCCGGCAGAACCGGUUCAUUGUCUGCUGCUGGACGUCAUCACGUGGGUGGGCAUCCUGCUGUCUCUGGUCUGUCUGCUCGUCUGCAUCUUCACCUUCUGCUUCUUCCGUGGCCUGCAGAGCGACAGGAACACCAUCCACAAGAACCUGUGCAUCUCGCUCUUCAUCGCUGAAACACUCUUCCUCACCGGCAUCAACCGUGUGGACCAGCCCAUCGCCUGCGCCGUCUUCGCGGCUCUGCUGCAUUUCUUCUUCCUGUCUGCGUUCACGUGGAUGUUUCUGGAAGGCGUUCAGCUCUACAUCAUGCUGGUGGAGGUGUUCGAGAGCGAGCAUUCACGCAGGAGGUAUUUCUACCUGGCCGGAUACGGCAUUCCUGCGCUCAUCGUGGCCGUUUCUGCCGCAGUGGAUUACCGCAGUUACGGGACGGAUACAGUGUGCUGGUUGCGGUUGGAUACUUAUUUCAUCUGGAGUUUUAUAGGCCCUGCCACACUCAUCAUCAUGCUGAAUGUGAUCUUCCUGGGAAUCGCUCUCUACAAGAUGUUCCACCACACCACCAUCCUGAAACCAGACUCUGGCUGCCUUGAUAACAUCAAAUCGUGGGUGAUCGGAGCCAUCGCUCUGCUCUGUCUGCUCGGUCUGACCUGGGCGUUUGGCCUGAUGUACGUUAAUGAGAGCACGGUGAUCAUGGCAUACCUCUUCACCAUCUUUAACUCGCUGCAGGGCAUGUUCAUCUUCAUAUUUCACUGCGUCCUGCAGAAGAAGGUGCGUAAAGAGUACGGGAAGUGUCUGCGGACUCACUGCUACAGCGGGAAGAGCGUGGAGUCGUCCAUGGGUUCGGUGAAGAGCUCGUCAUCACGCGGCCCGGGACGAUACUCCUCUGCGUCGCAGGUUCAUCAUCCUCCUUGUAUGACAAACUCCUCACAGUUACAGUAUGAGCAAAGCCGAAUCCGCCGCAUGUGGAACGACACGGUGAGGAAGCAGUCCGAGUCUUCAUUCAUGGCUGGAGACAUUAACAGUGCAGCGACACUCAACAGAGGUGCCAUGGCCAAUCACCUCAUCCCAAACUCUCUGCUGCGCGCUCACGCCUCUAACAACCCCUAUAACACCUUACUGGGCGAUUCAGCCAUCUAUAACAACCCCACCCUCAGCAUGUACAACACUCAAGAGCCCUACAGAGAGACAAAGGGAAUCCUGAACAAUGCUCGGGAUACAAGUGCCAUGGAUACUCUACCACUGAAUGGUAACCAAGGCAACAGCUACAGCUUAGCUAGUGCCGAUUACAUGAGAGACUGCGUGCAAAUCAUGGGCCGCACGUACAACGUACACGAAGAGACCACGCUGGAGAAACGCAUCCUGAAAGAGCUCACCUCCAACUACCUGCCCACCUACCUGAACAACCACGGCCACACGGCCGAGCACGGACGCAACCUCAUGAACAAGCUGGUUAACGAAGUCAGCAAUGGAGGCGGGGUCAAAGACUCGCACAUGCUGCCUGUCAAUCUGACGUUGGGUUUGGACGACUCUGUGUCUCUCCCACAUGAGGACUGUCUAGGGCUGGAGCUGAUCAGGGAAGAGUCCAAUGCACCCUUGCUUCCACGCCACAUCCAGCCUCUUCCCUCCACCUUCAGCUCGGCUUCUUCAUCGAGACGGCGCCUUCCGCAAGACAACAGCGAGAGUUUCUUCCCUCUGCUGACAGAGGAGCAAACGGAAGAGACUCCAUCGCCGCAGAGAGACUCGCUCUACACCAGCAUGCCCACGCUCCCCGACCCCGAGCGCUCUGACAUGCAUUCGCUGCCUCGCAGCGGUGACAUGCACACGCUCCCCAGAAGCGGUGAGCCGGACGACGUGUAUUAUAAGAGCAUGCCCAACUUGGGCUCGCGUAACCAUCUGCACCAGCUGCAUAGCUACUACCAACUGGGCCGCGGCAGCAGCGAAGGCUUUAUCGUCCCACCCAAAGAUGAGGUUUCCCCUGAAGAAACACCAAGGGAAACCGCUCACAUGGUCACCAGCCUAUAGAGGGCGCCAAACCCAGUCGCAUUCACACCCGUAACCCAUGACAUUUCGACCUCUGCUGGCUCUUCUACGUUUCUGUACUGUUCUGUCGUCCGCAGUUGUUCACUUUAGCUUUUCUGUGUCCGCAGAGAAAUUAACUGCACCAACAAACCUUGGGAGGCAAUCUUGUAUUCUGUUCAGGAGAGGAUUACUCUUGCUUGUAAAGGAAUGAAACCUGACAUUCUUUGGAUUCUAUUGGUAGUGCACUUCUACUUCAAGGGAAAAUGGACCCGAAAAUGGAUUUGCUGUAUAACCUUGUGGGGGAGUGUGAGAUUUCGAGGGUUUUUUUACUCUCUGCGACCCCGGAGGAAUACAAAUGACUGCCAAAAAACAUUGUUAGUAGCUCAGUGCAUCUAGUCAACACCAAUCAAGUCUGUGACUCGAAAACGAUUUUAAUAUCUUCUGUAUACAUAUAUUUGCUUUUUAAAUAUUUUUCUUCUUCUCACAUGGUGAAAAGCAGCACGUUUUGCUGCGACGGAGAACAAUAUGAAGAAAGACGUCUUCACCAUGUGCUCUUGGACAUCAUUUCUGUUCUUUGCUGUAUUAAUAACAAAUAUCGAGAAGCGGGGGAAGAACUAAUACUGGAUUAUUCUACAAUAUUUCUAUGUAAAUGUACAGACACUAGUGUUACACAGGAUAGUGCUUAUUCUGUUCCUACGCCCUCCGCUUCUGUAACCAUGGUGAUUUCAGAUCAUUUCCUUUUCUCUCCCGGUGGUCUCGUCCUCAAUGACAGGUUUUGAUCCCUUGCUCUUUUUUUUUAAUUAUGUCUUUUACAUUCACGUCUUCAUUUCAGUGUGAAUAAUGGCAAGUAAAACAAAAAUGACAGGAUAGACAAAAAAUAAUUCCUAUUUUCCUCGUUCGCUUUGAUUUAUAGACACCGGCUUGUAGAUGAAUGAAGAAAGGAAGCCCAACAUUGAAAAUAUGUUGCUAUUUUGGAGUAGAGAUAUGAGAGGUGUUAUGGUAUAUGAUCAGCGGAGGUCGUUUUCAUUCAGACAGAGGUGCACUUGUGUGAUUUAGCUGCAGAGAUCCAGCAUACCUUCUGUUUGAUUUUUAAUUUGUUUUUUUGGUGGGGAAUGAAUGGUUAUUUAUUUCACUGAGGGAAAAAUUACAAACUUUUCUGCAAAAAUGUCUGGGGGUAAAUGAAUGUGGCACAUAUUAGAUUUUUUUAUCAUUACAAAUAUGAUUUUAUUUAUUCUUUUAUCCCUUUUUUCCUCCUGUGGUUGAAUGACCUCUCACUAAUAUUUGUUGUAACAGUGAAACUUGUUUGCCAACAAAUAAAUGACUGACAGAGUGAAGCCGA